GAGGGGCUAACAGUGCUGGUCCUUAUCUGCUCAUCUAAUCCAGCAACUGUCAUUGGAUUGGUCAUCGUCAUUUCUGUCAUAGAGUGCCUCUACUUUUGUGAACAAAAGCCCGGGCAAUCCAACACGAACGGGCCAAGUGUAUGCCGCAAUCUCCAACCCAGAGCAGAAGUGUUGGCUUCUUCUUGGAGGCCGUCUUCUUCGCUCUUGCGGUCCUUCUUGCACGUGAUCUAUGUCCUCUCAAGUGGUGCCCAAACUGAGGCUUGGUGA